CACAUGCCUCGACUUCUGUCCACACUUGUUUUCAGCCAUGCAGGAGAAGAGGCUCUUCUGUUUCCCAGGCAUGUCAACAGUGUGGAGAGUCAUGCUGCUGUGGGUCUGCGUCUGUCUCUGGCUUCCAGCUCAGGCCCAGGGGGCUCUGGUCGUUUCCCGCAGAGAUGCUCCAACACAGGAGAGCAUAGAGGCCAUGGGCAGCAAGUCAAUAAAGAAAAGAAGCACAAACUCUGCAAAUACAGUGGACGUGUACAGUGUGACGGUGGGCUGCACUGUAACGUCUCGUUUUGCUCACACCAUCGUGACCUCCAAGGCUCUGAACAAAGCAAACACCUCCCAGGAAAUCUUCUUUGAAAUGGAGCUGCCCAAGACCGCCUUCAUCACCAACUUCAGCAUGGAAAUUGACGGUCAGGUGUAUGUUGGCAAGAUGAAGGAGAAAGAGAAAGCCAAGAAAGAGUAUGAGAAGGCUGUUUCCUCUGGACAGACUGCUGGACUGGUCAAGGCUUCUGGAAGGAAGAUGGAGAAGUUUUCAGUGUCUGUUAACAUUGCAGCCAAAAGCAGCGUGACUUUCAUUCUGACCUACGAGGAGCUCCUUCAGAGGAAACUGGGCCAGUAUGAGAUUCUGAACCGAGUUACACCAAAGCAACGGGUGCAGGACUUUCAGAUUGUGGCAGACAUCUAUGAGCCCCAAGGCUUUGCUUUUGUUGAGGCCACUGCAACUUUCCUCACCAAUGAGCUGCUCUAUCUGGUGGAGAAAACCGUCACAGACACAAAGGCACACAUCUCUUUCUCACCAACACGGGAGCAGCAGAGGAAAUGUCCAGGAUGUAAAGGCACCCUAAUUGAUGGAGAUUUCAUCAUCAUGUAUGAUGUGAAGCGAGAAGAGAGCCAUGGGGAUGUUCAGAUUGUGAAUGGAUACUUUGUGCACUUCUUCGCUCCACCUGACCUGCCCAGAGUCCCAAAGAAUGUGGUGUUUUUGAUUGACAGGAGUGGAUCGAUGAGUGGAAGAAAGAUUCAGCAGACCCGAGAUGCAUUGGAAGCCAUUCUGAAAGAUCUCCAUGAAGAGGAUCACUUUGCUUUCAUCCUGUUUGAUAGUAGUAUUGUCACCUGGAAGGACUCUCUUACCAAAGCAACAGAGGAAAAUGUGUCUAAAGCCAUUGCCUACGUCAGGGAACUAAGGGACAGAGGAGCCACCAAUAUUAAUGACGCUGUGCUGAGGGCAGUGCGCAUGCUGGUGGAAGACAGAGAAAAUGACAAACUUCCAGAGAGGAGUGUGGAUAUGAUCAUUUUACUGACUGAUGGGAUGCCAAACAAUGGAGAAUCUAACCUCCAGACGAUCCAGGAGAAUGUGCAUUCUGCUGUUGGAGGGAAGAUGACUAUGUUCUGUCUUGGAUUCGGAAAUGAUGUGGAUUACUCCUUCCUGGAUGUAUUGUGCAGACAAAACAAAGGACUGGCCCGCAGAAUUUUUGAGGGUUCAGAUGCAACACUUCAACUACAGGGUUUCUAUGACGAGGUGUCCAGCCCUCUGCUCUUGGACGUGGACCUGCGUUAUCCUGACAACGCAGUGGACCACUUGACCAAAAACCACUAUAGCCAGUUGUUUAACGGCUCAGAGAUUGUGGUGUCUGGUCAGCUGAUAAACGGCGACCCUGAUAACUUUUUGGUGGAGGUGUUUGCUAAGGGGCCUGAAAUGGACUACAUUGUGCAGGGAAAGGCCAGUGUGGUAAACUUGGAAGUUAUGUACCCUGAACAAGAGUACAUCUUUGGAGAUUUCUCAGAGCGUCUGUGGGCCUACCUCACCAUCCAACAGCUACUGGAGGACAGUGACAUUAGUACUCAUCAGGAUAAGGACACAAUGAUAGGCAAAGCCCUGGAAAUGUCACUGCAAUACAGCUUUGUCACGCCUGUCACCUCCAUGGUGGUCAUCAAGCCUGACACUGAGGACGGACCAAGCAGCCCUCUCAUCGCGGAUAAACUGACUGAGGACCAGCGACAGGCAUCACAGAGAGAUACGAGUUCAAGCGCUGCCAGUUCCCAUAGCCGAUCAAAUGUGGACGGAGAUCCUCAUUUUAUGAUCGAGCUGCCAGAGAGAGACGACGCUCUGUGCUUCAACGUCAACGACAAACCAGGAACCAUUUUCAACCUGGUCAGAGACCCAAAAUCAGGCUUUGUGGUGAAUGGCCAAAUUAUUGGCAAGAAGAAAGUUGUUCCGGAUGCCAAUACCAACACAUACUUUGGCCGUCUUGGUAUCAUCCACCAGAAGCUGGGGGUGAGGCUGGAGGUGAGCACUCAGGACAUCUCAGUCUUCCAUGAUGGAAAGCAGUUCAAGCUGCUGUGGUCUGAUGCAGCUUCAAUCAAAGAAACCAAUGUGGACUUCAGCCUGACUAAGAACUGCUGCCUGACAGUGACACUGAGGCACUCGGUUAAAUUUAUGGUCAUUAGACACAAGAAAGUUUGGAAGAGACGUCGGGAACAUCAAGACUACCUGGGUUUUUACACCCUGGACAGCCACCACCUGUCUGCCUCGGUUCAUGGUCUGCUAGGUCAGUUCUACCAUGGGGUUGAGUUUGAGGUGACAGACCUGCGUCCGGGUGAGCUCCAGGAGAACUUAGAUGCCACCAUGUAUGUGAAGGGACAAACACUCAACGUGACCAGACACUGGCAGAAGGACUUCAGCAGCCAUAUGAAGGAUGGAGAAAAUAUUCCCUGCUGGUUUGUUAACAAUGAUGGAACAGGCCUCAUUGACGGGAGAGCCUCAGACUACGUUGUGUCAGAGCUUUUUAACACUGCUUUUUGAAUUGUCUGAAUAAUUUCUCAAAAACAGAAUGUCUGACAACAUUUGAAAUCUAUCCUGAUGUUAACUAUUGCAGUCAGUGGAAAUAGGGCAACAUCAGUCUGUCACUUAGGGAAGAAUCAAUCUUUGAAUAAAUAAAUGACAGACUUCUCUGUGUUGUAAGAUGAAGUACACAUCAUUUUAUAUUCAUAAAUGAAUUUUUGAUGCUAGUUUGAAAUCUACCUGUACAUGCAUGGAAACCUGUUAUCACCACCCUGGUGGUUUUAGUUUGAAGCCACAUGGUUUUUCUGUUUCUACAGGCAGCGCAGCUUGAACAUGACAUGCUAUUGGUGGCAAAGGUUGUGUUCAAUAACUGGGUGAUGCAGCCUAAAUGUGUUACCUCCUCAGACUGUUUGUGUAAAUUAGAGACACAUGACUAUUAGGUUUAAUGGUACAUUUGGUUCCUUCUUCUUUUUCUUCCUCCUCAAAUUGCCUGGCACUGACUAACUGCAGCAGCUAUUUACACAUUGCAAUCUGCACAGUGCAUCAGACUUGUUUUGGGUUUGUUAAUCUCUGAUAAAGUUUCCUAAAUAAAUAAUUUCCCCCUGUA